AUGAGAAAUAAUGUUAGCAAGGUCCAUCGAGCGGUGACAAAAGACCAUCGGGAAGUUGCUGUGAAGGUGCAGUAUAUAGAUCUUCGACGUCGUUUUCAUUCAGAUAUGCGCACCUUGCGCUUUCUUCUUAGUUUGGUGCCUCUGAUUCAUCCCAAUUUUGGCUUUGCUUGGGUUCUUGAUGAUAUGUACACAACACUUGCUCAGGAGCUGGACUUUGAGCAUGAGGCUGCCAACGCGGCCAGAUGUAGCCGAGAUCUGAGUGAGCUAGGCACUGGCCAGUCAGAUGGCCCAGUUCAUGUCCCUUGGGUCGAUCUUCAGCUCACUAGUAAACGCGUCCUUACUGCCGAGUACAUCGAUGGAAUCAAGAUAAACCAAGUGCGCAACCUAUUUAUUCUUAAAUGCUUCACGGUCUUCAUAUUUCUCACCCUCUUAAGAUCAUAUUAA